AUGCUUCGCUCCGCCACCAAGCCCAAGCUGUCCUUGAGCAUCGCCACUGGAAAUACCACGCGACCAUCUCUGUCGCUCAAGUCGCCCGUUGCUCCCCGGACGCCAAUUUCGCCCGUAAGCCCAGCAGCCAAGCGUUUCUCUUCUUUGCAAGUCCCAAGUUACUCUUAUGUCAACUCGUGCUCGUCGAAGAGCAUCCUCAAGAAGAACUCGUCGGUGCGAUCAAGCGCCGCAGACAAGCGCAUUCAAUUCCAAGGCACGCCUACUAUUCACUGUGUGACACCAAUUGAGAAUACCGAUGAUUACUACGGAAAGCACACCAAGAUUUCCCGAGAGGAACGACGAUGGAUUGUCCGCGAGUGA